AUGUUUGAACUCAGUUCGCUCAUUCUCAUGUUCGUGUUGAUAACCAUUUUCCCAUCCUCGCACGUCAUCACUUUUUCUUUCUUUCUUUCUUUCUUUCUUUCUUUCUUUCUUUCUUUCUUUCUUUCUUUCUUUCUUCUUUUUUUACGACUCAUGGCCGGUCAAUUGUGGCAGCUUUAUCGUCCUGUCAAUGUUAUUGAUAAAAUAUUGUGUGACACGGCUGCACUUUCUCCUCAUUCACGCUUUCUUUUUAAUUCAAUUUUCCCUUUCUUCUUUCACGUCAACACUCUUUCUCACGCUCUCUUACGUCAGCAUUUUGUUCUCUCUCCUCCAUUGCGCUUUUUUCCCAUUUUCCUCCUGCACAUCUCUUCUUUCUUUGUUUCCUUCUGUCUCUCGUUCUAUCUCCCCUUUCUCUUUUUUUUUAUCACUGUCUUUCUUUUUCUUCAUCUUUUCUCUAUUUCUUUUGAUUUACUUCUUUUUCUUUCUUUACCUUUCUUUUUCUUGCUCGCUUUCUUUCUUUCUUUCUUUCUUUCUUUCUUUCUUCAUUUUUCUCUCUCACAAGUUUCUUUCUUAUUGUUCAUUUUUUUAUUUCUUUAUCUUUUCUUUCUUUUUAUAUUUUCUUCCUUUUUGUUCAUUUUUCUCUUUCUUUAUUUCCUUCUUUCUCUCGCUCUAUCCUUCCUUUCUCUUUCUUUAUCUCUGUCUUUCUUUCUCUGCAUCUUUUCUCUCUUUCUCUUGAUUUACUUCUUUUUCUUUCCUUACCUUUCUGUCUCUCUCGCUUUCUUUCUUUCUUUCUUUCUUUCUUUCUUUCUUUUUUUCUUUCUUUCUUUCUUUCUUUUUUUCUUUCUUUCUUUCUUUCUUUCUAUUCUUCUUUCUGUUUAUUUUUUCCUUUUCCUUCUGCACAUCUUUUUUCUUUCUUUUUCUGACUUUUCCCAUUUUAGCCAUUUUUCUCUCUCACAUAAGUUUCUUUCUUUUUGUUCAUUUUUUAUUUGUUUAACUUUUCUUUCUUUAUUUCUUUUUGUAUUUUCUUGCAUUUUAUUUAUUUUUCUCUUUCAUUAUUUCCUUCUUUCUUUCGAUCUAUCUCUCCUUUCUCUUUCUUUAUCUCUGUCUUUCUCUUCGUCUUUUUCUCGCUUUCUCUUUCUUUCCUUACCUUUUUUUCUCUCUCUCGCUCGCUUUCUUUCUUUCUUUCUUUCUUUCUUUCUUUCUUUCUUUCUUUCUUUCUUUCUUUCUUUCUUUCUUCAUUUUUCUCUCUCACAAGUUUCUUUCUUAUUGUUCAUUUUUUAUUUCUUUAUCUUUUCUUUCUUUUUAUAUUUUCUUCCUUUUUGUUCAUUUUUCUCUUUCUUUAUUUCCUUCUUUCUUUCACUCUAUCUUUUUCUUCCUCUCUGUCUUUCUUUUCAUCUUUUCUUUCUUUCUCUCUUUCUCUUACUUUCGUAUCGUUUUUCUUUUUCUUUCCUUCUUUUUUUACUUUCUUUAUUUGUUUCUUUCUCCUUCAUUCUCUCACUUUCUGUCUUUGUCUCUUUCUUUUCAACUUUGUUUUCAAACUCUUCAUUUAGUGACUCUCACGCGCACUCUUUUUCGCAUUCACGGACUGUCAGUUUGUAUUUUCUCUCUCUAUCUCUCUCUCUCUCUCUCUCUUUCAUUUCUUCUCUUUCCAUCUCUUCGCUCUCUUUCUCUCUCUCUUUCUCUCUCUUUCUUUCUCCUCUUUCCCCCUCUUUUCCUCUCUCUUUCUUUCUCUCUCUUUCCCCUCUCUUUCUCUCUCUCUUUCCCUCUCUCUCUUUCCCUCUCUUUCUUUCUCUCUCUUUCCCUCUCUUUCUCUCUCUUUUUGUCUCUCUCUCUCUUUCCCUCUCUUCCUCUCUCUCUUUCUCUCAGCUACUUGAUGGCUUAUGUGCUAAUGUACACUCGCAUUCAUUUCUUUUUCCUCCAAUUAUUUCUCUCUCUCUCUCACUCUCUCUCUCUCUCUCUCUCUCUCUCUCUCUCUCUCUCUCUCUCCUUUCUUUUGUGCACUUUUGCAUCAAUCUUGAACUUCCUUGCUUCUUCACCAGUUGCACUUUUAAACGAUUUCCCGCCGUUUGA